AUGUCCUUUACUCACCCAGACUUCGUUCCCCCAUUGGCCUAUGACCCUCCAGACACGCUGACCGUCCAUGAGUUUCUGUUUGGGGAUGGGGACAAGUAUGGACGGCACCCCAAAACUAAGUCGAGGCCACCGUUUACCUGCGGAGUUACGGGCAAGGCGUACUCUGCGGUCGAGGUGGCUGAACGAGUGGAGCUUCUGGCGCGAGCGCUUGGCUCGGACUUGGGGUGGCAAGUCAACGAGGGACAUGAAAUGGACAAGGUGAUUGGAAUUUACAGCCUCAAUACGAUCGAUACGUUGACCGUCUCCUGGGCCACCCAUCGCCUCUCGGGCGUAUCUUGCCCCAUAAGCUCCGCUUAUUCCGAGAUGGAGCUCACAAACUUGUUGAAGAAUGUGAACUGCAAAGCCUUGUUCACGUGCAAGCCUCUCCUGGAGCAGGCGCUCGACGCGGCCGCGGCGGUCGGCAUUCCAAGCCGCCAUGUUUACCUGCUUGACCUACCUCCUCAGUUUGAAGGAAAUGCCACAGUGUUACCGAGGACGAAGUCAGUCGAUCGUCUGAUUAAAGAAGCCCGCAGCAUGAAGCCUCUACCACGACUGCAAUGGAGCAAGGGCCAAGGCGCUCGUCAGACUGCGUUUAUCUGCGCCUCCAGUGGAACAUCUGGAUUGCCGAAAUGUGUUAGGAUGUCACACAAGAACGUUAUCGCAAACAUUAUCCAAGUAGCUACAUAUGAAAGCGUCACAAACCAUAGGGAGACAGAGUUGAGCCUUGGGGUCCUCCCACUGAGCCAUGGCUAUGCUUUGAACACAGUCUCACUCGUUAGUGUCUAUAGGGGAGAUGGUGUUGUCAUUUUACAGUCUUUUGACCUCUUUCAAACACUUGAGGCUAUCGAGAAAUAUUCUCUGAGACGUCUAUGGUUGAUUCCUUCCAUGAUUACCGCCAUCACGAAAGCUAUCUCUCUUGUUAACAAGUACGAUCUAAGCAGUGUCAACACCGUAGUUACUGCGGCUUCUCCGUUGGACCAGGAGACGUCGUCUCGUUUCAGCCAGUUGUUCCCCAGUUGUAAAGUGAUCCAGGCCUACGGCCUUACCGAAGCGUCGGUCAUCAUUACAAUGACGGAUUUGGACGACAUCAUGCACGGUUCCAGCGGGAGCUUGCUCCCCGAAAUUCAAGCGCGACUGGUUGAUACGACCGGCCAGGAUAUCGACGAGUUUAACCGCGCAGGCGAGCUUUGGGUUCGUUCCCCUGGAGUGAUGCUCGGGUACCUCAACAACGAAAUGGCGACACGAGAGAUGAUUACCGAAGACGGCUGGCUACGAACAGGUGAUUUGGUGGAGAUCAGACAAAGCCCUAGAGGAAAUGAGCACAUCUUCAUCGUAGACCGCAUCAAAGAACUCAUCAAAGUCAGGGGCAUGCAAGUAGCACCGGCAGAGCUAGAAAGCUUCCUUCUGCUGCACCCUGCCGUUAUUGAUGCCGCAGUGGUUCCGGUGCCCAGUGACUCUGCUGGGGAGCUACCAUUAGCAUACGUUGUUAAAUCGCCGUUGGCAAAACACCGAGAUGAAUCGCUGCUAAGAGAGGAACUUUACAAUCAUGUCAAAGUGUCUCUGUCGCAGUACAAGCACCUUGAUGGCGGCAUCGAGUUCACGGACGUGAUACCAAAGACGAUCAGCGGCAAAACGAAGCGAGCAAUUUUGAAAGAGAGGGCCAGAAAAAUUGUUAAUGAGAGAAAGCUACUGGCUCAGGUGGCAACUGAAUGGCAGGAAAUGGCGGAAAACGGGGAUUCUGGCUUGAUUCAGGUUGUUGAUUUUGACUCGGAUUCGGAUGAUGAUUAUUGA